AUGGAGGCAAAUAAAAUCCAACUUGCCGAGGUAGUGCUCAGUGACGGAAGGUGCAUCAGCAGGUUCUCCGAAAGAGUUGACCCAAAACUUUUUGAAAGACCCACAUUCAAAGCUUUUCUUGAUAUGACUGAUAACUUCAAUCCAAAUCCGAAAGUUCGUGAGCCACAGGUUUCGCUUAAAGAGCAGCAAAGAGAAAUAGAUGCUUUUCUGACAGCAGCUCUCAAUUCGAAACCUUGGCAAAUUUUCUAUAAAUUUCUCAAUAUGAAAGGAUUGCAACAUGCAGAAAACCGCAACGUAUUUCGGAAAUGGAUAGAACAAAUCUGGUUCGAACACUAUUCCCGUUCUAGAGGAGAAGUAUUAGAUAGUUCAGGAUUUGAGCAUGUUUUCAUGGGCGAGUUCAGAACUGCAAAGAAGAAGAAAAGAAAAGUCAAUGGACUCCACAACUGGAUACGAUUCUACCAAUUUGAACAAGACGCCAGCGAAAACUUUCAUUAUAAAGAAUACAAGGAUCAUCGCAAAAACAUCCUAGCAGCAUUGAGAUACAGUUGGCGUGGGGCAGAGAAACCGCUUGGGUCAAUGUUCAUUGGAACUUCACCCGAAUACGACAUGGCAAUUUUUACUCUUUGCUUCCUGGCAUGGCUCGAUAAGCGGAAUUGUGAUAUGCUGAUAACUACAGCGUACUGGAUGUUCACAUGCAUAACUCAUGAGGGUUCCGUCCCUUCGUGUUUUGCACGAGAUCGAAUGGACAAAGGCUCUACUCUGCAAACCACAUUAGUACAAGAUUUGGUGUCCUGGAACUCAUCUACACAAAAGAAACCUACUACCACUUUGAUAGAGGGAGAAUAUGAUUACGAUAAAACUCCUGAUAGUAUCGGUGGAGCCAAAGCGAAGAGCACAACUGGAAAAAAUUUUGAAAAGAGUACGACCGGAGAUGAGAAGAGCACGACAGUAAAAGAUUUGGAAGAGAGCACGACUGAAUUUGAUGAACCUCCUCCUGAACCAGAGCCAGACAUCGAAGACGAAGACAUCAAACAUAUUUCUAGAAGACUGCGAAAAGCAGAUUCUGCAAUUUUAGAAGAUUACGGUUACGUAGGCCUCAACUUCCAAAACAGAUCGGCUAACGCCUAUAAUGCACCGAAAAAGUUUAUUGGAACAGUUAGUCCCAAGCUUCUUGAAAGGCUCACUUUUGCAACUUUUCUCAAUUUGACCGAGAAUUUCACCAAAAGUGGAGUUGGAAAGCGACUCUCAUCUAGAGAGAUGCAAAGAAAAAUAGAUGCUUUUCUAAAUGCUGUUUUUGAGUCAAAUCUAUGGAAAAUCCUCUACGAUUUUUUGAAAGAGAGCGGUGUGAAGCAAGCAAAGGACGUCACCAUGUUCCGCAAUUACGUAAAACAGAUCUGGUUUGACCAGUACCCCCAUUCAACUGCCAGCGGAAACACCUCAGGAUUUGAGCAGGUGUUCGUGGGCGAGAUAAGAAGAAAAGAUAAGCAAGGAAAGCAAGGAGGAGUAGUUAAUGGAGUUCAAAACUGGGUACGAUUUCACCAACUUGAAAAAGGGGAUAAAGACUUCGACUAUAAAGGAUAUAAAGACCUUCGCCAGAACAUUUUGGCAACAUUAGACUUCACCUGGCUUAAAGCAGAGGGCGAAACAUCUAUGUUUAUUGGGACGUCACCUGAGUACGACCUGGCAGUGUAUACGCUUUGUUUUAUAGCACGUCUUGAAAACAGAUGUCAAAUCGAAAUGGAUGGAUGUUCUCCUGAGAUAAUCGUGUACGGGACAGACGAAGAUGGCAAGACUUACGUCGGUCACUUGGCCCUUAGUCUAGGAGGGGUAACGAGCACAUGUACACGAAAAUACUGAGUAUAUUGUUUAAAUCAAUACAUUCGUUCACAUCAAAAUCAAUAAAUGAAAUUUUACAU